AUUACGGCCUCUCAGAAGCAGAGAUUGCCUUCCUUUGCCUCGAUUCUGUCUGGUUUAUCGAUUGCGUUUUACUGCGCCGGAUUUCUGAGAGUAGAAUUGGAGCUGAACGAGCAGAAGAAGAGAAUAAACGUUCUUGAAAACAACGAGGAGACUACGCAGUCAGACGUCCCUAACCUCCUCCAGUUAGCUAAGAAAACUCGUGGUAAGUCUUUUCUAUUCUAGUUUACUAAGAGUAUGAAUAAUUUUCCGCACACAGACUGUUUAUUUUUUCUUUAAAAAUAACUCUGCGAUUCCAGAAAAUUUUGCAUAAAGAUAUCCUGUCCUUGCGUGUUCGUGGCGCAGAAGUAAAGAAAACCGAAGGUGAACAGGUCAUCAUAUGUUUUCUUUGUAGGAAAGAAAUAUUCAAAACAUCGACAGUUGAUCACUUGAUGAUCUUUGUUUCUCAAAAGUAGGUGAACUGCCUUAUUGUGUCAAAUGACAGCUGAAAUUAAAAAUGACGAACAUUUUUUUAAGUUUUAGAAAGCUGCAUCGAUCGAGUAGAUGGCAUCAAAAACUUUCGGACGAGUAAUUGUCAUUUCAAGCUUCUCACCCAGUCUCGGCUCAAUCAGCAAGUUUUCCUAUAAGAAAUAUUAAUAUUUUCUAAUCUGACUCCCUAAAUACUACUAUUCCUUAUUAUUGAUUCUGCAUGCCAUUAAAAACGUGGUGAUUGGGAGUACAGUAUAUACGAUACAAUCCCCAAAUUUGAAUAGACAACACUUUAUUUUCUCGAAGAAGAAAAGCCCUCAUUCCUUUUUGGCGAACAAACAUCAGUUAUGUUUGGAGUUAGUGAACCUUUUUCUUUUUCCCAGAUUGACCUGCCAAUCAUGAGGAGCAUGUACUUUAUUUUCGGAAGAGCAAUUUUUUUAAUUUCCUGUCUGUAGUGGCCUGUGUACAGACCCCCCCGGCUACCCUCAGGAAAAAUCGGAGAAGGGGCCCUUCUCCUAUUUUUCCGGGAGUGGCGUCUGUACACAGGCUAGCGAGUCAAUUUCUCUGGUUUUGAAAGCAGAGAGGCCAAUAAGCGUGAUCAGUCAGGCUGAGGUGAGAUCCUUUCCUAAUCUCCUUCUCCACCAGCUGACCAAGUAUUCCAAAUUAUUUUUACUGCUCUAUUAGACCUAUUACCCCGAGUACCAAACGCCUGUCAUCUCUCUCCUUGGAAAACCUCGCCUGAACAAUGCCAAAAUGAGAUCAGCUGAAUCGCCGGCGAAUGUUACAGCCAUUUUUAUUGUAUAAAGUUCUCGGACUCUCGUUACUACGAACACAUGAAUUUUUUAACUUUAUUAACGACUCCACAAACAAUACAUUAAAUUACAUAUAGCCAUAUAGAAUGCUUUAAUUCACUAUACAGUGCCCUAACUAAACCCAUAACUCUUCUUAUAUUGAUUCUGAAAUGCCAACAUUUAAUGUAACCUUUGAAAGUUUAGACACAAGUGAGUACCUGUAUAACCACCUUUCUAUUUUCACGCCUCUACUGUAAGCUGCGUGUUAAUCAAUUCCCUUCUCUUCUACUUAAUUGUUAAGGCCAAUUUUUCAGUAGCUGCCUUUUAUGUAAGUUCGUUCAGUUUUUGUCACAUUUUUUCUGCGUUUGCGUUUUUUUCCUUGUAUUUAGUUUUGUUUUAAUUCCCACUUGAAGUGACGUCUGGCAUUAGAAAGAACCAGUCGGUUUUAUUUACGCGUUGAGUGGACCUCUGCAUUGAAAGGUAUUUAGUAAGAUUAACUACGCAGAGGGUCCUCUGCUUUGAUCUUUAGCACUGACAUAUUAAAAACGUUCUUUGUAGAAUCUGAAUACUCCAAGCUCCAUAGAAAUAGGCGGGCAGCCGAUGUACUGAAAAACACCACGGGAGCUAAAAUCAAAGUUGACAGGGAAACAAUUCUGAAGAUAAACAAACUGUUGUCCGAGCUGAAACCUCAACUCUGUCAAUCAAAUGGCGAUAGCUGUCUCCCAGGCCCUCCCGGUCCACCUGGACCGAAGGGAGACAGAGGAUCCCGGGGACGAAGAGGACACAGAGGGCUAUCGGGAAAUAAAGGCGACCAAGGCAUUAUGGGAUCUCCUGGAAAGAGUGGCAAACAAGGCAUCAUGGGACCUAUAGGUCCAAACGGUGAUGUUGGACUAAAGGGACAAAGAGGA